AUGAUGGGUUUAAGAAAAGAGUUGGCUUGCCUAGCGAUAAUGUUUUUGAUACUUCUGCUGUUAGAAACUUCAUCUUUUCCUGAUAGGUCAGCCAGAUAUGGGAGCUUCAAAACUACUGGGUCUACAUCUCAGUUAACGGGUCCUGUUCAAUCUCAUGGUGGUGGCCUAAGAGGAGACAAAGAUGAAGAAGGCCGUGAUGCAACUUUCGGUGAUGAAAAGAGGAAAAUCUAUACAGGUCCCAAUCCUUUACACAAUAGCAGCACUGAGCCAACUGACGUGUGGUAUGGAUCAAGACCUUGUCCAUGGCGGCUCCAAACUAGUGUUCCUGCCUCGUCAUCUUUUGCAAAGUUAAAUAUGUCAAGGAUGCUUGAUCCGUGUCAUGAUCUGCAUUCAAGAGGGUUGUUUCUAGCCUGGUAA